UGAGAGGUUGAGAGCGUUGUGAAAUGCUGUGUUGAGUUGCUGAUGAUCGCCCCGUGGUUUUCCCUAAAAUUAUCUGUUUUUGUGUGAUAAGAGUUGAAUUCUGAAGUUAGAAAAUGAUCAAGGGACAUCGUCAAAGAUACUACUACGAUGAAAGCAUUCAUUCCUCCAAACUAGCCUUGCCUGAAUAUUACCGGGAAGAUAGAGCUGAUUUCGGGUGUCUAACGAAAUGCCUGGAUGAUAUGUCCAAUACUGAAACUGAGUUAGAGCAACUGGAGGCACUAAAUGAGUUCCUGGAUGAUUUUACAAAAGCCGUCCACAAGUCUUCGUGUAAAAGGAUAGUCUACAGAUUUGUAUUCGACCUGCGAGCUGACACAUACGACGUCGAUGCUCAUUAUUUGAUGGGAGAACUGCUAAAGAGUCUGAUGAAGAAAGAUGAGGAGACGCUAAAGGAAUCCGUAAGUGCAGCAAUAGAAGCCACUGUAUCCAUUUAUCCUGAAAAGUAUGACACUUUGGAGGCCCGAAAUAUGCUGGCGAGGAAGAUGAGAGGAUUCCUUGAUGAUUUCGAGAUUACUAAGGACGGAUUAGGGAGGAAAUGGAAAGAAGUUCUCAUAAUCUUGACAAAUUUUCUUGAAGAAGCCAGAAAUUUGCCAGAAAUUACAAACGACGAACUGGUGUAUAAGUUCGUCUUCAACACAAUAUCAAGCUUAUCAUAUUUUCUCCAUCGAUUCGAGGAUAACAUCAAUGUGGACACGUGCCAAGUACAACUGGAGUUACUCUUGGUCAAUGUCUCUCACUAUUUGGCUGUGGAAAAUCUCGAUAGGGAAUUUCGAGAAGUCUGUGGAGUAACUGUGAUCUUAGUGCGGAAGGCACUGGGUAAACUGAUAGAGCUUUUCAACUGCAUCGAGAGAAACCCAGCGGAAUUCUCAGACAAAGUCCUUUUCAAUUUUAUACAAGGAACUUUCUGGAACCACUCCGAAAAAAUAUUGAUUGAAAGAAAGAAUAAGUGCAGAAUUCUUAGAAUUAGUGCGACUGUUCUUGAAAACUUGUACGAUGAUUUUUGGGGUGAUUCGGAAAAAUCUUACUCUGUCAUGCACCAAAUCAUCGAAAUAACGAAGAUUAUCAAAGAUGAUUUGAGUGAUAUUCACGAUUGGAGUAGAGACGAAGUCCAAGAUUUGCUGAAAGUUUUUCAAAUAAGCUUCAAGUUGGCGAAAGGUGAUUUAUCGCAAUUCUACCUGAAAACUCCAGUGGGAAAUAUUCUACAUUUUUGUAUGAAGCAAAAGAGAGAAGAAUUCAGAGAUGUCGAGGCAGAGUUUUAUGCUUAUGCCCAGGUAGAAGAAUGCUCAGCGAAAACUCGUGGAUAUCUUAUCUCGGUUUUCUGUGAAGUUUAUUCAUCUUCAUGUGCUUUGCAACAAUUUCCAACGGCGAUAUCUCUUCUCGAACAGGACUUCCAAUCAACAAAGGUGUGUGAUUUGACUUGCCAUGGAGACUCUUGUACGCAUCAUAAUCCUUCGAUGGAAGCACUUGUUGAGCUGAUUCAGACCACACUUCAGCCUAAAGAUCAGUACAGAAAGUGUCUGAAGAGGCUUUUGUACCAGUGCCAGACAUCUGCUCAGGGUGGUUGGUUCAGAAAGCAAACGAAAGCUCUUCUGAAGAAAUUGAUCACACCAAACAGUGACAUAUGUACGUAUAUUGUGGAGGACACACAGAAAAUUCCUGCGGAAAUUGUUCUUUUUGCCUUAAAUUGUAUAAAGAAGAUUCCCGAGAAUUUGAUGAAAGUUCCAGCGCUUCGGGAAAUAUUACUUAAGGCUCUUGUAGCUUUUGAUGAGAGCACAAGAGUAUCUGCAACAAGAGUGUUCCAAGAGAUUUCGCGGGAAAAUUUGGAUUUGAUAAUCAGUUUGCUCAAAUUUGGAAGUGUCUUUCAGCAAAAGUCUUUGGAGAGCAAAAUCAACUGGAUUUCUCUGCUCAAUCCUGUGUUGGCAAGAAAGAAGCAAAGCCAAGAGGAGAAGGAUAUUGUUCACAAAUUCAUUGGUGAUUUCAGAGAGGAACUCUUUGAGCAUUUCUACGCUGGAGGCAGUUUUCCGCGACAGAGAUAUGCACUGAAGAUCCUGAAAGACACGUGGAAUGUAUUGAGUGCUUACUCCUGGGAAGUGAAGCAUUUGGAUGCAGUCUUCAGCUGCUUUGACUCUCCAUUUGAGUAUGUGAAGAAGCUCGUCACGGAAUGCUUUAAGAAAUUCCCCGAGAACGUCCUGGAAGAAUGGAUUGGACUUCGAUUUGGAACGCCUGCGGAGAUUCGAGAUAAACUGAAGGACAUGAUGAUCAGCGCGAGACCCGCAGAUUCGCUCCAAGUGGCUUAUCAGCUUGUGAUCUUUUCUAGGAUCGCCACAAAACUUUUUCCGGAUUCUCACUGUGAGCAUGAUACUGACAAUACCUUGAUUCUUCUGGAAUGGUGUCUCACGAUACUGAAAGAAGGCAUUGACAAUGCUAAAGAGUCAAUUCUGAAGGCUUCUGCAACGAAUCCUCUGUAUGGAACGAUACUUUGUAUUCGAUAUUUAUUGGAGGAUCUUCCAAAAAGUGUACAGAAGAAGGUGUCUCAGUAUCGCAUCCAGGAAACGCCCAGAUGGCGAAGUUUCUACGAACGGAUUCUCGUUCUGUGCAGUGAAGCAUCACAGAUAGUGGCGCCUAUAGUGAAUAAUUCAUCUCCUGAAGGCUUUGUUCCGGAAGAUGAGACAAUUUUCCGAGCUCUGGAUGAUCAAGUGACACCACAAAUGGUUCUUCUCUGUGGAUGGAGGACAAUCAAGGAAGUGUCUCUCCUUCUCGGUGAGAUUUGUGAAAACACUCCACAGAAUGCCAAUCUCAUAUCAACCCAUGAGAUCGUCAAAAUUGGAGAAAAUCUAAUAGAGAUUCUCUUGGAAUCGAAGCACAGAGGAGCUUUUGAAGUGUCUGCAGUGGGAUUUGCAAAACUCUGCACGCGACUGCAUUUGAGUCAGAACUCUGAAGUUAACAAACUACCAAAAGAAUGGCUGCACGAAUUUCUGGAUGCUGUGCUCUGUCCAGAGAAAAGGCAAUCUUCUGCAAGAUAUGUGAAGCUAUGUGUGACACGUCGCAGUGCUGGACUUCCGUUUCUGAUUCAAGCUAUUCUCACGUCAUACGAUCCAUUACUCUUGACUGUCACCAUUAAAAGGCUCCUGAAGGAGUCGCAGAAAAACACUGAAGGCAGGAUUCAUUGUAUGAAUAUACUGCGAUAUAUAUUUAGGUGUUCAACUCUCAAGACAUUCAACUAUGCGGGAGAUGGACUAAUAAUAGCUAUUGAGAGUUUUGGAUCUGAAUCUUGGGCGGAGAGGAAUUCAGCCACUCUUCUCUUCUCUGCUCUGAUUGUUCGCAUUUUUGGCGUGUGUCGUUCGAAAGGAGCCACUGAAGAGUUGGCCUUUGAGAAUACAUGGAUUUUCAGUGAGUUCUUCGAAAGCUAUCCACCGCUUUACGACUUCCUGUAUGACGAACUGAGGGAGGCUAAUAAGAAACUCGUGAAAUUGGAAAAUGCACCCCAAUUAUACCCAAUCUUUCUUAUAUUGGAGCGUAUUCCUGUACUGAACGGACACUGGGCAGUUCAUAGGGACUCGUCAAAGUUUAUUGAAGAGAUAAAGAAGAUACCCGCAAAAUGUCAUGACUUGAGGAUCAGAAUUCUAGCGGUGAAGUCUCUGAUUGUCAUCACUGACCCAACAAAGUACGCAGAUUGCUUUAAUGGCCUUCUGAGAAUGGAGAUUUCAGAAAAUUCCAAUGAGCUCCACUCAAGACUGUUACAAGUGAAAGAGAUAUUCCGGAGAUAUGCGAAGAAAGAUGUACCAUUUAUCCAUAAAAACUUGGACAGUUUAAUUGAAUUUCACAAGCUUCACUCAGAUGAUUGUCUGAUCACUUGCAAGGUGUUUAUGGAAAUCUUAUUGAAAUACCUGCCAAAGGCUGACAAUGAGAAGCUCAAAAACAUCAUCAAUGAUUCUUCGGUGGAUUACUUGAGAGAUUUCUUAACCCGUGUGAAAACUAUCAUGUUGAGUAGAGGUCCCAUCAUAGGAAGAACGGCAUUGCAGAGCACUUAUCUUCUCUUGAAGCUAACUAUGGCUGCGGAUUGUGAAACGGUGGGAGAUGUCCUGAUUGAGUGCCUGAAUCAAGAGUGUCUAGUAGACAUCAAUCUCAUGCUCAUAACUGCCUUGAACAUUAUCCUGAUGCUAAAUGGAGAGCAGAAACAGAACAUUCCAGAAGAAAUCCGCAGUGAAAUUUUGGAUUCUGAGAGUGAGUUUGUCUCAUCGUUGAGCGAAGAGCAGAAAAAGUUGAUUAUUAUGAGGAUUACUUCGUCGGACAAGGAUAAUUUCAAGCGCUGUGCACAGAGUGAAAAUCCUCUUGUGAGUUCCAGAGCAUUUCUGUGCUUACCACUGGUUGGGAAGAGACAGAUGAUUGCAAGCGAUGUGAAUAGCAAUCUCUCGAAUGAAUCUAUUUCCGAUUGUGAGAAGGUCAGCAUUAUUCGAAAUCUACUUGCAAACUUAUCAACUAUUGACGACAUAUUCCAACUCAGGGUUGAAGUUCUACUGGAAUUCUGUGGCAGUGAUAGGAAUGACUUUACUAGAGUGAAUAUUGCACUUCUUGUGGCGGAAUUGCUGAAGAUGUGCAGCACUGAUAGCCGGUGCGUUCCUCAAUUUAUUCUCUCACUCACGAGAGUCAUCUUAAAACUCCUCAGGGACGAUGAUGCUGAUGUGAGGAGAAUUGUUUGCCAUGCUAUUCAGCUGUUCAGUAUGAAACUCGAGUCAACAAUAUCGAGUGACUUUAUAAACUUUACCGAUGAAGUGUUGAUUCCAUGCGACUCCUUUGCCUUGCAUACUUUCCUGAGGACGUUGAUUCAAUUUGUUAUCGCCAAAGAGAACCUCAGGGAGAUUCUCGGGAGGCUUGUUCAGCUGGAGGAGGCUGAAGCUGACCAGGAAAUCGAUGACGUUGCCGAUGAUGAAUGGCGAGUGUUUGACACGAAAGAAGCCAAUUUAUUUGGUGACAGAGAAUCCACGAUAAGGAUCUUGAGGUACUUUGUAAGCCAAUUAACAGACAACUGAUUGAAAUAAAAUUGAUUAUCGUAUUGCGA